GUGUGUAGCGGCCCGGCCUCGAUUUUAGUUCCUCCCGCGCGUUCAUCCUUUUGAAGAUACCUGUAAUUUCCAACUAUGUGGAGUUAAUUUUGAUGUUUUUGUGGAAAGAAAAUACUGRAAUUUAGUUCUGAGGUCUGGGAACAGGUCAUAAAUCAAGUCUUGCCGGUCAAAAACACAACAUGAAGUACACUACGAAAACCGUCAGGCUUGUUGCAAUCUUAAGCUUUUGUUUCUUCGUAUUUGAGUUAAGUACUACAGUGGCGAUGCCAAUAAAUGAAGCCAAAGAAGAAGACAGAGAGUUGCGCAGUGCACUGGAAUCCUUCCUUCAAGACUCUGAUAACAGCAAUAGGACAACAUCCACUGAAAAUGGCACAAACUCGAGCAACAAUAACUCGACAAAGAAUCGUUUUCUGAGCGAUGAACUGGUUGAUGACUUAGACCUGGAUACAUCAGGAUCUGCAGAUGAUACAAACCAUGAGAACGACGAAGGAGAUUAMUUCCUGAAGCCAAAACCAAACUCUUCCCUUCCGCCACCACCUCUGAACAAGAACAAAACUACACCGAUAAAAAAGUCCACGAAUUUGACUGGUUCAGAUUCAACACCUGGUCUUAAGAGUAAAGGCACCUCAGACUCCAACAGACCUGUUGUUUCCCUAUCAGGUCCUGUUGACAAUACUGAUCUAUCACUCGAACAACCUGAUUUGCCAAAUCAUGAGAAUAAAGUGGUCAAAGAGGGAUAUGAUAAAGAAUCUCAGCCUCUUGGUCUAUCAGAUUCUAACCAGUCCGCGGCCGACCUAAAAAAUGAUUCAUCGAUAAACAGUACCAAAGGCGAAAUGGAGAAUGAAGGUUUAGAUCUACUUAAGGGCAAUAAUUCAGAUUCCUCUCUGUUAGGAAAGGUUGAAGGUAAUAGUACCAUGCUGCAGAAGAGCAGUAGCGAGGAAAUGCCUUCCAACGCAUCUGUUUCAGAAGGAAACAACGGGACAACGACGUCUAAAAAGAAGCUCUUGCACUUUCUUGAUAUUUCGGAAAAUUAUACCAAAAGUGUCAGUCACAAUGUUACACAUCCAAUGAAGAAUGACAGCGCGACAAACUCGUCAAGUUCCAACGUUCAGGACAAACAGCUUGCGACAAUGGAAGGUAGUUCAUAUCCAACCCUAUCGACGCCAGGGCAUGAGAAACAAGGAGAAGACGAAGAAACAGAAAAAGAACCGGGGACAACCAAUCCACCUCAAAUAACCAGUCCACGUGUUCCUCAACCAAUCCAGUAUUUACCAGCAGUUCCUCCACUGCCAACAAAUCAUCCAGCCCAAGUUAAUUUGGCUCCAGUAAAAUCAUUAAGAAACCCUUAUGAAAAUUACCAAACUGUUCAAAAUGGUAUGGUAAUGACCCCUAAUGGUGCUCUCAACUCAAAACAGGUUUUAUAUAACCGUUUGUAUCAAAAUAGGCAAUGGCAAAACAGGCUGCAAAUGUAUGGACGUCAAUCACAAUUACGACCUCAAGGUUACCAAGGAUAUCCUGGUUAUCAAGGUUACCAACGAUACCCGAGUUACCAAGGUUACCAAUUUUUAGGCCAACCUAGUCAGGGUCUUUAUCAAAGGUCUCGCAUUGAAUACCCAGAUACUGUCCUCGAUUCUAACGGCAACAGACCAAAGGCUUCGCAAGAGUUUGAGGACGCUUUGUUUGAAUCGGGUCAAAAGAAUGUCAAUGAUUUAUUGGGUAGAUCAACAGUCAAGUCACUAGAGCCUAAUUCGAUGAUGUCCAACUAUGGUAAGAACACUCGCUUUUAUACAAAUGGACAAAAUAGCCUUCUUAAUGGAAGACAAGGUGAAGAACUACUAGGAGAAAAACAACCGCAAGGAAAUAUGAACAAGAAACAAGCGUAUAAUGUGUACGAAGCAGCGAUCUACCUUGCAGACCUUUUGAAGAAUGAAAGUAUAAAACUCGAUGAGAUGGCAUCUGGUCAGCACAAAAACGUCGACAAAGAUGAUGACCUUUUCGGGGGAGAAUCUGACCAAGGGUCAGGACAAAGAAUAACCCUGGACCAACCAGAAAGUCCAGUCCAUUCUACUCUUUUGAGUGAUAGACAAGUUGACAAGUUAAUCCAGGCGGAAGACUUGGGAGUAAGUGGAGUUUCUGAUAGCGACACUUCGGGUAAAUCCCCAAACAAUGUUCCGAAUUUUAAGAGUUCUGCAAACUCGUUAGAAGAACCAGAAAUUUUUAGUCCAAAAGACAACAGUAAAAACCAGAAACUGAAUGAUGAUAGCAAUAUGGAAAAUGAAGCACAAAUUAAAGUUGAUAAGCCAGAGGUUCCGUCAAAUGACGCGCUAAAUCAACCAGUAAAAAUUCCACCUUAUCAAGAAACUAAGCCAGCAGUACAAGUAAAUGCGGCUUCAGAAGAUAGCGCAGCCGCAUUACAGCCACAGGUUACUACUGAUACAGCGUCUGUAGCGCUAGCGCCACAACCUCAGACGUCAUUGGACACAUCUGUACAACAGCAACAGGUAUUUAACGAUGACUUAGCUGCAACACAGCCAGUGGCACCACUGAAUACGGACAGUACAGCAGCAACACAAUCACAGUCUCCGAUAGAUACAAAUGUGCAGCAGACGCAAUCAUUUGUCGCGGAUAAAACAGCACAACCAGAGACUGCAAUGAAUACAGUUUCUGACCAAUCGCAAUCCUUUAUUCAAUCAGCGACGCCAGUGCAACCGGAAGUGCAGCCAGCGAAUAGUGCUUACAGCGCAGCCGCACUCCAGACUGCAGAUGCUUCAGCUCCACAGCAAACAUUCGACGAUGCUGCAGCCUUUUCUACACCCCAAGCUGAUAACCAGGGGAACACAGUAAGCGCCUACAAUACUCAGCAGCCAGCGGAGACAACCAGCAAUGCAGCCGCAACGCAGCAGUGGGAUACCACAGCACCACAGGAAACCCAACAAUACAACGACGCAGCCGCUUCUUCACAACAGGCAGCCCAAACACCAGCCCAGACCAGCACAACGAAUAGCUACGCACCUGAGGGAAAAUCUCACACAAUCCAGUUAGAUGAAGAACGAUACAGRACACUUAUCUGCCAGAAUGGCAAGGAUACGAUUUCCUGCCCUCCAAACAAACAAAUCAGCAUCCGAGCCGCGAACUACGGGAGCAUGGGAGCCUCUGCUUGUCUUGGAAGACAGAGUUUUACUCCUUCACAGAUCUGUAAAACCCCUGGUGCUUACGAUAUAGUCAAGACAAACUGUGAUGAUAUGGAAAACUGUGAACUGAUGGCAAAUGAUGAUAUAUUUGGUACUGAAUGUCAGACGGAUAAGAAAUAUCUAGACCUGGAAUACGAUUGUGUAUCAAGUCAAUCCCCAUCACCUUAUCAAGCAGGAUAUCCACAAGCAAUGUACCCAGCUCAACAGCCUGCAGCUUCUCCAUAUAUGUACCCUGGUGCUCAGCCUGCUACCUCACAAUACCAAGUAGGUUCUCCUCCCGAACAGCAAGGAUAUUAUGGACAGCAACAGCAACAACUAACCCCAUCACCCCCACCACCAAAACUACCUGAACUGAUGUCCAGACUAGUCGCUCUGUCCCAGCAAAACCAGGCCGGUACUCAGCAGAUGUGCUCUUCCCAGUGUAACACAUGUAACCAGUGCACAGCUGCUCCAGUGUGUAAUCCGUGUCCUGUUUGUCAAAGUACUGCCUGUACUGCCGCACCAUCUGUUCCUUAUAUUCCUAAAGGCCUGCGGCCUUUGUGGGAAUUAUGGAAUGAGAAGACUGCAGAUAUGAAUAGCAUGGAAAUGUCAGCCCUGAUAAUCAAUCCAGUUCCAAAACUACCUCCUACAAAGAAGUCUUCAUCAUUGACCGAGAAAAGUGAAGGGUCUGGAAACGAGAACAGCGACAAGCGAUCACACAUUAAGUCGACUUCAAAGAAAAGCGUUGCGAAACAGGGCAAAGCUACCAAAUCCGAUAAAGCUUCAAAGAAGAGUUCCAAAAGUGGGUCGAAAGGAAAACACUCUUAGAGCAAAAAGAAAAAAGAAAAAAAAGAAAAAAAAAAGAAAAAAAAAGAGGGGGGGGGGGUAUAUUUAUAAAUUGAAGAAGAUUGUCUAUUGAAAUAUGGCAUUCACUUUGUCAUUGAAGAAAAACUGAGGGAAAGUUAACCCAACUAAAAUGCARAUUUAACCAACAUGGCGGCUAUGAAAGACAGCACUGAAAAAAUGUGUAAUUCUUACGGCAACAUAAACACACGUUUUAAGCGCCGUAAUAUCAUUUCAAACAUAAGGUUGUGUACACAAUUAGCUCAUUUUUGCAGUGCUUUAAAGGCAGACACAUUUAAAGUUUUUUAAUCGUAAACACUGUCCGGCGACCACAAACAGUCAUUUGUUUUAGCGUUGUUACACAGGACAGGACCAAUGUGUUGGCUGCCUGUGGUACGAAUGGAUCUCAUACGGGGUUGUGGGUUGAAUAUUUAGGAUCUUUGGAUGGUUUGAAGCUUUUUUUGGUUAGUUUUGACGAUUGUAUGAAAGUACAUAUUCAGUUUGGAAUCCUUAUUAGACAAGACAAAAACUAAGCAGCAGAGGUGAUAAUUAGUGGUUUGCAAUAAGUAACACAUUUAUUGCCUUCAAAUAUCUUAUUUUAUGUAAAUAUCAGACUUCAAUAAAAGUAUUUUUGACGAA